AUGGUGAUGAGGUAUCUCAGCAGGGGUAUUGGACAUAAAGCUACCCAUGACUUCACCCCUCCUGCUGCCUCACAGGAUCUUGUUGUGGAGGACGACACUGAGGAGCAAGUUGAACAGAUGGAUGAUGGGGCUGAAGAAGAUAUGGAUGGGGUGGAGGCAACUGGGGAUAUAGGGAGUGGCAAGGAUGACUCUGGUGAGGAUGAAGGUUCAUCAUGUGACAGGGAGAAGGGUGACUAUGGGUACGAGGACAAAGAUGAGUCCGAGGUUGAUGAGAUGGAUAUCAGUGACUCAACGGAUGAGGUUGACGAGUUCUCAUGUGACGGGUCUGACAGCUUCGCAGACUUGUAA